GUGAUCGUACGGAUGGGGUAUAGUUAAUUAACGCGCGUCAGCAGAGUUUAGGGUGCGCUAAGUAGGGAUCCGGACGCCGUCUGACGUAGGUCGAUCAAGCAACUGUUCGGUGUGAUCGGAUCCGUAGCUCCUUUUGGAUUUAGGUAGUAAAGCUACAGUAAUCAGAAAUUCGAUUGUUGUUAUCUACACCAAUGGAUUCCCAGUUCAACUUUAUUGAGUGGUCACAGAGCCCAUCUCGAACGCCUGGCGGCCGACGACGAUCGUUCAUAUGGACUCCAGAGAUGGUGGAGACUCUCCUCCAAGCCCUAGUCGAGCAGGUAGAGAGCGGCCAGCGAGCGGAUUCAGGAUACAAGGUGGCUGCGUGGGAGAUGGCAACGAAGGAGGUUAACCUGUGUAUGGUCCCAAUGAGAUAUCCCCGAUCACACUCGAACCGAACAGGCCCUAAUUGCUUCGAUCCGACUAUUCCUGUAUGAUCAAAUCACCAUGACCUCCGAUAUCGCAGACCCUGAUUUGAAACUCCCACGAAGCUGUGAAAUGCGAAGAGCAUUGCUCG